GUAUUAGAAGUAACAGAAAUAUUGGAUGCAGCAUUACUAUUACUUGUAGCAGUGUUUGUGGCUGCAUCAUCAUUAGAAAUUUGUAAAAUAUUAGAAGUGGGAGUAUUAAGAACGUCAGUAUCAUAA